AUGUUCGACCAAGUUCUACGGCAGUGGCGAGAAUACCAAGAGCAGGAUAUGCGCGUGAAGCAGUUCAUGCUUUAUCGAGAGGAUGUCCGGGAUUUGACCGAACUCACCACCAGCAAGAUGGACAGCUACCUGAUGAUUGCCAUCCUGGAGCUGGGGUGCUGUCUUGAUUUAUUGGUGCACGGCGUCUUGCACAUCAAAGCCAUGACAGACGAGCCUACAUGGCUGCUGUGGCUUUAUGUGAUAAGUUUAGCUGAAGCCUUCGUGUUCCUGUUCCUGAGCGCCUGGCUUGCAAUCCACGCAUCAGUUUCUGCACAUUCCUUCAGCGUCAGGUUGCUAACGCAAUUUGUGCGGCUGCCGCUGCCCAGCCGGAGGCAAAUCGAUGCUGGAUCUGCUAUGGCUACGGACUACGAAAAUAAGGGCUUCGAGGACCUUUUGCGUCUGCCCGUUCUGCGGCAGCAAGCCGAGCGCUUGAGUGGAGGUGGCCCAAGCCAGCGGCCACAGGAUCCAUCAGGAGGAGUUGCGGUGGCUGGCUUGGUCUCCAUGUCCCAGCCGAACGCCAAUGCGGCUGUAGCUGCUAAACAUGUGCGGCUCUAUCGCGACCUGCAGGACAACUGGCAGGCACACGAUGCGUAUGCGCGUGCCUGCCUUGCUCUUGGUACGUACAAGCUGUUGCAUGCCGUGGCUUACUACACAGUUGGCCUUCUCGUCCUUGAGAUGCAUGCACCAUGGGCUGGUCUUGCCUGCGCGACAGUACUCCCCAUGCUGGCAUGGCUUUUGAUCAAGCUGGAUCUGUACUUCUCAAGCACUAGAAGGGUCCUUGGAGCUUUGUUUCUCAUGCUGGGUCCUUUGCUCGCCCUAGUGGCUGCUACACUGAAUUCUUUGAGCGAGCCACAGCGCGUGGCACAAUUUGUUCUUGUGGCUGUCGUCUUUGCGAUGCAUGCUGGCCUCAUCGUGUGUGUCGCAUGUAUUGCCAGAGCCGAGCAUGUCUCUGAACGCGGUGCAGCUCUGCCCACCCGAUUCCGGAGUGUCCUGUACCUCGAUGUUUUUGGUUGGCUCCAAAGCCCGGAUGAGAGGGCGGCAGAGGAAAGUGCCGGACCCAACUCGACCCGAAACCAGGUCGAGAGAGAGAUGCCCUUGACCUUGAGAGAGGGCCUCUACAAGGAAAGCAGCCGUUUGGGUAGGCAGCUGCGCUGCGAAUUCCAAACUUGGGAGGUUGCAAGCUUGGAAGCGCUUCCAAGCAUGCUGAGGCGACUACGCCUCCUUCAGCGUGAAUUCGAGAGUCUUUGUCAAGACUUUUCCCGCUUGUUUCAGGACGAUUCGAGUCGAGACCGGAUCAGCAGCAAUGCCGCUCAGGACACAUCCUGGACCAGUUCCGAUUACGCGCAGGAUGCAGGAGAGGUGGACGGCAACUCCAUUUGGUUGCGGCUUGAGUGCCACCCCGAAAGAGUCGCUUGGUUCGUUCAGCCACACAGUGAAGCGCGAAUGCUUCAGGAGCCGGAGGGGAAGUUUGUCUCCGAACUGGAUGGCGUUGCGGCGCGGUUGGAAAUGUUGCGACAGCGCAUUGAGUCCUUGAAGGAGGAUGCGAGGCUUGCCCGGCGAGGUCGGUCCAGACUGACACGCUUUGCCGGUGGGCUAAUGCCGCCCAGCACGACCAGUGCCGUGCGAAGACCUCGACAAGACACUGACAACAUGGCUCCUUCGGAGAGACCUGCAGCCGGACCUGCGAGUGAUGCUCGCUGGGAUCUGAGCCAUGUCGCAGCAACCACUAUGUUGCUGGCAUUGUCAGCCGAAGAAGUUAUUUAG